AUGGCCUUAUAUGACAACAAACAUUGGCUUUUAUCACACAUUCGGAAAUCCUUUAUCACUUCAGACGAUUCAGGAAUGUGUGAAGCUGUAAUGAUUUGUGACAAUAUUGCUAAGCAGUUACCAGUUAACAAAUAUGAUUGCUAUCCUUGUGUUGAACAAGAUGAAGAGGAAGAUGACUUGGAUAGCAUGGCUCAGUCAUUUGAUCUUAACUCAGAUCUACAAUUCGGGCUAAGGCGUCACAGAUCUAACACAGCUCAAAGACUUGAAAAAAUGGAAGCAGAGAAAAAAAAGGCAGCUAAUACCAUUCAUGUCAAGUGGAUAACAAAUCCUGUUCCAUUAUCAGCUGAAGCAAGAGCCGAAUUAUUUCCAAGGAAAGAUCUUAAAAAUACUAAACGAGAAAAACAGGUAUCAUUAUUGACUGAAUUGCUAGCGAAAUUUCCAGACAUGCCCGAAAACCCCUUUAAGGAUUUCGCCAGAAUGGAUGGAAAUGCACAAGUUGGAGUAUCCACAAAAAGAUAUUUGAUAUUCAUUACAAUGCUUAAUGAAAAUGAUAGGAGAUAUCCAAUGGAAGUUGUGAUAAUAUCGUCUGCCAAGAUCUUAGAUUUGGUAGGCCUUAUUUGUUGGAAAUGUUCCAUUGAGUAUCCAGAUGUCCCUCUCAAAGAUAGUGUGAAUCAUUAUGGGCUGUUUAUUGCUGAAGAUGAUGGUGCUGUGGAUUGGGAUUUUCCCAGUCUUGAUUCAAGAGAAGUAGUGUCGAAAUUUGGCUUCACCUAUUUGGCUUUGGUUGAAAGGGAUCAGGCUGUUCAGCAGGAUGAAACCUAUCCCCUUUUGAUCGAAUCAUUAUCUCUUCAUCAUUCUGAACCUGGCCCAAGUUCUACUCGAGCUCAAUUGGAAAAUCAGUUAGAAGAGGACAUGAACAGAAUCCGAGGCCAUAUAAAAGCCAUUGGAGCUCCAGUCUAUCAAUCUUUCAAUGUUUAUGUAUUGAAUAAAGUGAGGGCGAGAUCGGAAAUUCAUUUAGGAAUUUCUGGAGAAAAAUUGGAAAUAUUCCCAGUUAUACAGCAGAGAGUGAGUGCUAGACUUUGGGGUGGUAAGCAGAAAGCCGAAACUUUUUCCAUGGAAGAUGUUGUAUCAUGUGAUGUCACAGAACAUAAAUCUAAUAACAGAUCUACAUUUAGGUUGGUUUAUUGCCAGAAGAAAGGAAGUACUGGUGAUGAACUGGGUACCGUUAAACAUAGAGAUUUCGAAUCAGAGACGACUGUCGCCUCGGACAUUGUGAAAAAAGUUAAUCAUAUUUUGGAGGUUAGGCAAAGUGACAAGAGGAGAGAAUACAUUGCCAGUCGUGAAAGGAAGUCGCAUCGGAAGAAAAAUUUUCAUCUCGGCCCCAGAUGA